UAACAGUAGUAAUUGCUGAUAACAAACAGAGCGGUGCACAACUAACAAUCUCCAGCCUGUGCUGUUUUUAUAUCCAUUUUCCACCACGCCUACGUAGACAGCCUACAGCCAGUUUGUACCUUGAAAUUACAGAAAAUCGCCACCAAGUUCUAGAUAAAUAAUCAAUGCCGUUUAUUAGUAUUUCAGCGUUUUCCCCUAAAAAUUCGUCGGGUUAUCUGUGGUGCAAAUCAAAACUUAGUUUCCAGGCUCCCCAUAGUGGAUGGAAAGAAUGACAUAUGCGGUUGUUUUGCCUGGGAUACUUGCGGUUGCGGCUCCCAGGUCUAUUCAUAGAUCCGACAUGUCAAUCACGCGCGCACGAAUAGCCAAUAAGGAAAGAGAUGAUGCAAUAACAGUCAUGUGGUCCCACAAAUGUCCCACAAAAAGUCGGCAAUCGACGGCUAAAAAGAUUGGUUUGAGAUAUUUUUCUGCGAAUCUGGACAAGCAAAUAAGCAUCUUCAGGUCAGCGUAGAAGGUGCUAGUCCUGUUUUCUUUGACCAGCCACUUUUAGUGUAGAGUUGGGACUCAAAUUGCAGAAAAACACGUAAAAUUUCUGCGAAGAAACGAAAAACAAAAAGCAAACAAACCACAUACAAGAACAGCGUAAAGUCGUCAUACCAUUAAAUUUGUGUUUGAUAUUAUCCUAUGUUUACUUCAAUAAUAUAUAAGAAUGAGACUGCCGUUUUGUUGCUGUAAAUUUUGAUGUUUGCCGAUAAAAGCGAAUUCGGCAUUCCCCAUUAAGAUCUACUUUUCCCCGCACUUGAAUCACUGCAAGUUGACAAAAAUAGCUUUAAAAGCACAUAAACACAUCACCGCUUUAUCUUAUCAUCUUAUCAUUCAACAACCAAACUUGUAGUUAUCUAUUUCUAUUCUUCUAUACAAGAUUUUCAGCAAGCUUGGACAGCAAAUCAAGUUUCCAUCAUGUUAGGUGACCAUGUUUUAUUUCCCAAGUCGCAGGAAAACCCCAAUUAACGUCUGUAUUUUAGAUAAAUCCGAGCAGGACUCACCGUCCUCAUCUGACAUGUACAUUUGGGUUGCACUUCGCUGGCUUCUAUUUGCUGUUUUCUGAUUGGAUAUCCGUGCGCGUGUCGGAUCUAUGAAUUCUGGAUGCGAUAUCUGUGCUUAUUUUUCUGCUUAGUUCUAAUUUGUCUAUUUACAUACCUGUCUGGGAUACCUGUGACUGUGCUGACUAUAUCCGGUUGGGUAGCUUUAAAAUCAAUUAAAUUAUCUAUAGACAAUUAAUAUAAAACUCUCAGUGAAGAACGUGUCUAAUUCCGUUGAGAUCUAACGUCAAUCCUCAAAGGUUGCGGAAAUGCAUAAAAAGUAUCUAAGAAGAUAAAUAUUUUGCAAUAACGCUUUAAACGAUGAUAAAUAAUUACGAUGAGGCUAUUUUAGUGUUUGUGAUGUGUCGUUCUCGUUGCUACGACAGUCAUCGAUUUUCGCCCACACCUUUAUUUUGUCAUCCCUUUUUAUGUCUGGGCUGUUGAAUUCAAUAAUACUCAUCUAUUUCUUUUCCCCAAGGCAGCUUUGAAUCCGGUUGUAAACUCUGAAAGUCCAUUUAGGCAAAACGCUUCUCAAUAUCUUUGACAAAGUCAACCUCUCUCGCUCCAAGAAUGAAAAUAGCAAUUCAGACGGACACUACCACAUUAACGGUGCAAACAUGACAACUCAAGAAAAAGCUCGCCAAACGAAGAGGUCUUCCGUUGUCUAUUGACGUAUUUGGUCUUACAGAAGAGUCGGGUUUGUUUACAAAACGAAGAAGACGAAACAGAGCGACAACAGAUUGGAUCAGAAACAGAGUUAAGACCAUCUGCUCGCGUUACUCGAAACUCAGUCAACAAAGAACAUUCGUAAACGGGUUUUGUAAAGUACGACAAUCUGCUUGGAAGCACUGUAAAAACAUCAUUACGAAUAGAAACGUGACCUAAGGCUUUUAAAACCAUUCAUUUUGACACUUGUCCUUAAGAAAGUGGUUAUUUACUCUGAACGGACACGAUCGCCAGCGUCAGACUCAUUUGCGUCUCAAAGCUCUGUGGAUGAUCCGUUAAUUCAAAUGCUGCUAUUUCACUAUGGAUUGCGUGCUCAGCGCGCGGUGAUAAUAUAUGGACGAUAUAUAGCCGAGCAAAUCGUUCUGACAGACUAAUACGCGAUUUGUAUGACCCAUUAGUGUUUGCUUGUGAAACCAUAUUAAAAGCUCUGAACAAGCUAAGUGGAUGGUUUCAAGAAAUAGAAAAACUUGUGACUCUAACACAGCAAGAAACCUAAAAGCGAGGAACUUAAAAGUGGCCUAAACUCAAGCAAGAAAUUAAAAGUUAUCCAGGAUGAAGUCUUUUUAAAUCUGAGCUGCGAGGGUAAGUGGACUUUUUUUAGAAAAACUGACAAACCUGAGACUUAAAAUCAAUCAAGAAACGACAAAUUUAUCAGGAAUAAACCUUGCAACAAAUUGUCACCAAACCGACAAUACUGAAAAAGCAUGAAAAACAAGGAGUGAAGGUAACAACAACAUAAAACAAGAGGUUUUGGCAAUUUGUACUAAAUAGCUUGGUUGUUGAAAAUUUAUCCUCCAAAUUAAUGGGUUAAAACAGGAAACCAGCACAACAAUACAAAAUUGUCCACCUUCGCCUCUAGCCAAGUGGUACUCGCGGAAAAUAAAUACAGCGAAGUGAAACGUGUAAUUAAAGCCAGAGGCAAACAAGAAAAAUCCUGAAAUGAAUUUAACGGUAAACACCACUGUAUCCCUUCUAGAACAAUUGAACCACUCGCCGAAUGAAAGUUUCAAGAUCAUCUGCAUACUAGCGUACAUAGUUAUCAUUAUCGCGGCCGGAGUUGGGAACGUUUUGGUAUGUGUUGCGUUCAGCAUGAGCCCAAUACUUCGGAAGUCACCUACGAACUAUUUCAUCCUAUCCCUUGCGGUCUCGGAUUUAAUCACUGCGACGCUAUGCGUCCCUUUUGACGUGGAUCAAACGAUCACCAACUGGAGGUGGAAUCACGGGUCGUUUGCUUGUAGCGUAUGGACCACGGUGUACCUCAUAGCUGUACCUUCCUCAAUUUUGAGCCUGUUAGCGGUCAGCGUAGAUCGCUAUAAGGCGCUUCGUGACCCGUUAAACCGGUUUCGCCAGACUCGGUUUAUGACGCGUAAGAAGGCAUGCAUCAUUAUUGGACUUCUUUGGACAUAUUCCCUGCUGUUUGCGAUCCUACCCGAGAUCGGGUGGAGAUUGUACGAGAACAAUGUUAUUGACAAUGUCUGCUACUUCAAUACCCCUCGUGAGUAUUCCAUAUUGAACUCUUUUCUGAACUUCGUUCUGCCCGUCCUUGUUAUGUGCGUUCUGUAUUUACAAAUCUACUUUAUUGCGAGAACCGUCAAAAGCACCCCCCGUCUCGUCAGCGAUAACUCGUUCAGUGAUUCCUCAGAUGAGUGUGAGCGCAGGAGGGUGCAGCGAUGCAUCAGGAAGAGAAUUAAGACGACCAAGAACAUUCUGUUGGUAGUUUGCACCUUUUUCUUCUGUUGGAUGCCAUUCACCUCCUUCAGUCUCGUCAGUAUGUUCUGCACAAAGUGCUACUAUAACGCACCAGAAGAGCUCUCCACGAUUUUUCUCAUUCUGGGUUAUUCAAACAGCGCUAUGAAUCCUUAUUUGUACGCCUUUCGGAACCAGAAGUAUAAAGAGACAUUCUCUAAGCUUUUCCGAAAGUUAACAAUAGUCAGUCGGUAUCCUUCCUCCUUUCGCCGAAGUCGGACAGACCCGACCAAUUUGUCCGAGACUCCAACACAAUUUCUGACCGGACAAAACAACAUAAAUAGGCAAUAGACCCAGCAUCGAAUAUUAAAUAUUAAUGAAAGUUAAGAUGUGAAAAUCUACUGAUCUAGUUAUUAAAGGCGUGUGUAAAGGCUGUGCGUUGACAGCUUUUAGCAUUCCCACGUGACAUUGAGUGCUUCGUUUGAUUGGUCAGGGACGUAAAUGUGGAAAAUCGACAGCAUAGUCCUCUAGACUUGUCCAAAAUACGACACCAAGGGUUCAUUCAGUGGAAGCAUUAAUGGAUUAAUAAUGAUAUUGCUCACAGCAAGGACCCGUGGUGAUCUACAUCUGGGACGAAGGGGGUUAUUAAAAAAAAGAGUUAAUGUUCUGAUAAUGAUGAUUAUUAUCGUUUUUGAUAAAUUACCUCGACUCCAUGACGUCUUCCAAAACGACGUGGUGACGAGAAAGGCUGGCCUAGUUACCGCAAGACUUCCUCUCUUGAACAUUCAGUGUUAGCGCCAGUUUGAAAACCGGUGAGCGUUCCGUUAGUAUUAGCUUGCCGUUAGUAUCAGCUUCUCUUUGUAGACCGUUAACGUUCUGUUAGUGCGCCGUUAGCGUUCUUUUAGUAAUAGAGUCCCGUUUGUAGACCGCUAGCUGUGAUUGGCCGAAGAAAUAAAAUAGAUCUAUAAAAAAUGCGUGACAUGAACCGGCCACGAAUGGGGGCUUUGUUCUCUUGACAACAUGAGCAACAUCCUUAGUAUACCGCUAGUGUUCCGUUUGUAUAGGCGUCCCGGUUGUAUACCCUUAGCGUUUCGUAAGGGUACCAUUAGCGUCUCUUAUUCCGUUAGCUUCUCGAAGUUUACCGUUAGCGUAUUGUAGUAUACCGUUAGCGUCUCGUAAACAUACCGUUAGCGUCCCGUACAGUACCGAUAGCGUCUCGUUAACAUCUUGUUAGCGUCUCGUAAACAUACCGUUAGCGUCCCGUACAGUACCGCUAGCGUCUCGGUAACAUCUUGUUAGCGUCUCGUAAACAUUCCGUUAGCGUCCCGUACAGUACCGAUAGCGUCUCGUUAGUAUGCCAUUAGCGUGUUGUAGUAUACCGUUAGCGUCCUGUAGUAUACCGUUAGCGUCCUGUAGUAUACCGUUAGCGUCCUGUAGUAUACCGUUAGCGUCCUGUAGUAUACCGUUAGCGUCCUGUAGUAUACCGUUAGCGUCCUGUAGUAUACCGUUAGCGUCCUGUAGUAUACCGUUAGCGUCCUGUAGUAUACCGUUAGCGUCCUGUAGUAUACCGUUAGCGUCUCGUGCAUGUAGCGUUAGCUUACCGUUAGCGACAGGUUAAAGUUUUAGAAGAAAUAAAGUGCAUAGGUUUUUUUG